AUGCCGGCACCGGCUCCAGGGCCUAACAAUCGUCCCGCCCCCCUACCCAGCGAUUAUUCCGAUAUCACAUCCCAGUUAGAUCAGAUUCGCAGCAUUGCUUCGACUCCAGAUCCUAACCUCAGGGGUUAUAUCCGUCAAAGGGGGCUGGAAAACUUUGGUGUGGCUGGCACAACAGAGUGGAGGCGACUCGCAGAAACGCGAGAGGAAGUGGUGAAGUUCACCCCCUCAAACAAUGUGCAAGGAUUUGCACGAAUUGAGGGACGGCGAGUCGUCCUCACCGCUGAUGACUUUACACUGAGAGCGGGCCAUGCUGAUGGUGCCUUGAUGGAUAAAACGGUUUACAUGGAAAAACUUUCCCACAGCUUGCAGCUUCCAAUCAUCAAAUUGACUGAUGGUUCCUCUGGCGGUGGGUCGGUUACUACCAUCAAAUCCGAGGGGUGGUCCUAUGUGCCCCCAAUGCAUUACCUGCAACCAGUUAUCAAACAGCUCAAUCAAGGAAUACCUAACCUUGGGGCCUGUCUCGGACCGGCCAUCGGUUUCGGCGCAGCCCGACUAGUUGCAUGCCAUUUCACGGUCAUGGCAGGUGAUAUUGGGAGUCUGUUUAGUGCUGGACCGCAGAUCGUUGCUGGCGCUACAUUCGAGGAAGGGUUGACAAAAGAGACACUGGGAGGCCCAGCUAUUCAUUGCACAAAUGGUACCAUCGACAACUUGGCGGCAAACGAAGCCGGGUGCUUCGAGCAGAUCAAGACUGUCCUGGGAUACCUUCCUAACUCUGGAGCUCACCUGCCUCCCGUUACACCGUGCAGUGAUCCCUGCAGUCGGAUAUCUUCUGAACUGCGCUCAAUAAUUCCCCGUCGAAGAGAGCGCAUGUACAAUCCUCGCAGGAUAAUAAAGGCCGUUGUUGACAAAGAAAGUUGGUUCGAGAUUGGAGCUCUCUGGGGAACAACCACCAUUGUGGGCUUGGCCCGCUUUGACGGACGACCAGUGGGCAUUAUUGCUUCGAACUGUGAAGUAAAUGCGGGGGCUAUAGAUGCGCUCGGGGCACAGAAGGUGACUCGUCACCUCAAAUUCUGUGACAUUUUCAACCUGCCCAUCGUCCAAUUCGUGGAUGUACCAGGAUACGCGAUCGGAACGGCUGCGGAGCGCAGUGCUGUUAUGCGAUAUGGUGUUCAGCUGGGAACCACUUACUUCGCUACGACUGUACCGAUAUUCAAUGUUAUCCUACGGAAGGUCUAUGGUGUCGCUGGCGGGCUCAUGGUAGACUCGCGAGAUCCACGUAUGCGUGUGGCUUGGCCGUCGGGAGAAUGGGGAAGCGUUCCACUCGACGGCGGCAUUGAAGUGGCGCACAGACAUGAACUGAGCGAAACCGAGAGGAAACAGGGUAAGGAUGCCCGUGAUCAACAAUACCGGGAGCUGGAUCAAGACUAUCGAUUGUUGAUGAACCCUGUUCGAACCGCGAAUGCCUUUAACAUCGAGGAAAUUAUAGAUCCGGCUCUUACAAGACCCCUGUUGUGUGAGUGGUUGGGACAUAUCUAUGAGGAUCUUUUACCAAUCAGAGUUGCGGAGCGUGUCUGUGGAAAGCUUGUUCCAUCAUGGACCUAG